AUGCGAGCAGCGUUGGUAGAUCUCGAUCCGUCUCUAGAGAAGACCGAGACCGUGGCCAGUCUUCGCGUCGACUCGGAGACUUCAGACUCGGACUCGGAUCGUGACAGGAAGCGCAGGAAGCAUUCCAGUAGUAGUCGGCGUAGUAAGAAGGAUCGCAAGGAUCGAAAAAAGGACAAGAAGAAGAGCAAGAAGGAAAAGAAGAGUCAUUCAUCCAAGGCUUAUGGAACCUAUGGCGUCCUGAACCCAUCCGACAUGUGGAAUAAGGAAAGCGAGUUUCAGGCAUGGUUAAUGGAAGUCAAGCACUUGAACCCAGAGACGAUCCCCCAAAACAAGAUGAAGGAGCACUUUAUCGGUUUCAUGGAAGACUUCAAUACCGUCACCAUGCCCCACGAGAAAUUCUACAACCUCACCAAAUGGGAAGACCGACAACGCGCCAUCCGGAUGGGCGAACCUAUCCCGGAAGACAAACAGGGUUCGGUCAACCUGAUGAAUGACGAGGAGCAGUUGAGGAUGACACAGCGAGAUCGUCGACGGACAAACUUGUCGAGUCAGCCACAGAUCCUGAUGACCCAGAGUCAGCUCCAGGAGUUGAGAAAGGUCUCGCAUGAGCGUGUUGAGGCGGAUCGGUUGAGGAAAUUAGGGUUGGAUGCUGGACGUAAGGGUGUUAGAUAUGAGUGA